AUGAGUCACAUUGAAAAGAAGACAUGUUCUGAAGGUAGUGAAAGUGUUCUUCUGAAGACACAACUUACUGAACACCAGAAGAGGCACACAGGAAAAAAAUCAUGGUCUUGUUCUGAAUGUGAUAAAAGCUUUCCAAGUAGGUCACAUCUUGCCAUCCACCAGAAGACUCACACUGGGCAGAGACCCUUUUCCUGCUUGGAAUGUGGCAAAGAUUAUAAACGCAAAGAACACCUUCAAAGACAUGAAAUGAGUCACACUGGAGAGAGACCCUAUCCAUGCUCAGAAUGCAACAAGUCCUUUAUAACAUAUUAUAAGCUCUCUGAACAUCAAAAGGUUCACACAGGAGAGAAGCCCUUACCAUGUACUGAAUGUGACAAGUGCUUCCCAGUAAAGGCACAACUUAUACGGCACUACAGGAGUCACCUGGCAGAAAAACCCUAUCCUUGUUUUACUUGUAGAAAAUCCUUUGAAAGCAUGACAACUAUAACCCGACACCUAAUGAUUCACACAGGAGAGAAGCCAUAUUUGUGUUCUGAAUGCGAUAAAUGUUUUAGAAGCGACGUGGAACUGAAAAAACACAAGUGGAUCCAUACAGAAAAGAAGCAGUAUGAUUGCCCUCAAUGUGAUAAAAGUUUUAAAAACAAUAGAGAUCUGAGCCAACAUCAGGAAACCCACACGGGAGAGAGGAAAUAUCACUGUCCUGAAUGUUAUAAAGGAAUGGCAAGCAAACACCAGUUGAGCCGACACCGGAUGAUUCACACAGGAGAAAAGCCAUAUCCAUGUUCUGAAUGUGAUAAAUGUUUUAGAAGCAAACCAGAGUUGAAAAUUCAUCAGAGGAGUCACACAGGAGAAGUUCCAUAUUCUUGUCCUGAAUGUUAUAAAAAAUUUCCACACAAGGUGCAGUUGAUCCGACACCAGAUGAUUCACACAGGAGAGAAGCCAUAUCCGUGCUCUGUAUGUGAUAUAUGUUUUCGAAGCAAAUCAGAGUUGAAAAUUCAUAAGAGGAUACAUACAGGAGAGAAGUCUUAUCCAUGA